AUGGAUAGGUUAGUCUACAGAGUAAACAAUGACAGUGUUAAGUCCCUGUGUGAUAAUGUAUUUGACUCACUGACUGAUUUGUCUUGCAGUGAUUUAAGUAAUCCUGUUAUAAUAUUGGGCCUGUUAAAGAAAAUAGACUUUUAUAUAUUGGAGCCAGCAAAUUAUAUAUUAAAAUAUACAAAAGGUCACCCAUCACAAAACGAAAUAACUUUAGUAGAGAAUACAACAGACGAUGAGCUUAACAUUAAAAAUUAUAAAUCACUUUAUUUAUUUAUACUAUUAAAUGCAGUAAGGAAGAAAUUAACAGAGACAAUAAUUAAUACACAUAGUGUAAUAAAUAAGGAACUGCAUGAAUAUUUUAUAAUAAAAAAUAAAAUAAAACACAGUACAGAAUAUAAUACACAUAGUGUAAUAAGUACUGAACUAAACUUAAAAAAAGAAAAUAUUUUAAAGAUAAUUAAAGAAGAAUUAUUAAGUGCACUAAAUAUAAGCUACAAUGACCACAAAGUAAAAUCAACCGGCAAUGAAAAUAUAAUUAUUACUAGCACAGAAGAUAAUACACAUAGUGUAAUAAGUGAUAGUAAUAUAGAACAUAAUACACAUAGUGUAAUAAAUAAUCAAGAUAUACUUACUACAGAAGAUAAUACACAUAGUGUAACAAGUGAUAGCAAUAUAGAACAUAAUACAAAUAGUGUAAUAAGUGAUAGUACUAUGCCUAGUGCAUUACUUAAUAUGCAUAGUACAGAAGGUGAUAGUACUGCAUCUUGUACAGAAUAUAUUACGCAUAGUCCAAUAACUAGUGGUACUAAUACAGAAAGUGAGUAUAUAAUGCCAAUAGAAGUAGAUGACAGCUACUUUGAAGAAAAAAAACAAAAAACAACAAAAAAUGAAGAAUUACUUAAAAAGGAAAAUAUUAAUUUAAUAAUACAUAAAAAUAACGGCAAAACCAAAAAUACCAUAAAAAACACAGACAAUGAAAUAAUUAUAUUCUUAUUAUUAGUUAUUAUGUUUAUAUUAAUAAGUUCUGCAUAUAUUUGUAGAGAGACAUUAUUUGGUUAUAUAAGACCAACUUAUUAUAUAUUUGAAUAAAUUAUUAC